UUGAAGUCAUUCCACACUGGCAUAAAGUCACUGUUAGUGUUGCUUAGCAUGUGAGAGAAGAAAGGAAGAACCAGACACAGAUUCUGAAACAUUUACAACAAAACACUGUUUUCUUUGCUCCUCUUGCAAACCUUUGAUCAGAAAUAAUGCGUUUCAUUGCUGUCUUUGCUGUCCUGACAGCCUGUGCCCUGGCUGAUGACUCUCACUAUUCGUUCUCGUCGUCGGUGGGAGGCGGAGGAGGUUCGUCCUACAGCCUGGUGGGAGUCGGCAGAAUCACCGCCGUGAGAGUGUGGGAGCUCUCCAGCAACUACAUUUACGGCUUCCAGUUCAAGUAUGAUUUUUCCGGCUGGACUCAGGUCGUCGGCUACAUUUCCGGCCCAGCCAGCGAGUUGCAGCUGGACGACGAUGAAAGAAUCAUCCAGAUCUCCGGAAAGUACACGCACUACAUCCAGUCGCUCAUCUUUGUCACCAACAAAGGUCGCUCCCUGCAGGUCGGCCAGCCGGCAGGCCAUUCCUUCAACAUGUAUUCGGCCCACCCGGACGCCGAGCUGCGCUUCCUGAGCGGCUGGGUCAGUGGGCCGCCCACUGCCCUGCAGGCCCACUGGGCCGUCCCAGACUCUGACUUAACUGAUGAUUAAUGAGUAGUGAUGGAGAAAAAGUGAUGAUUUCUUUUCAACAUUUUAAAGCAGUUGUGUUUUUAAAAAAUAAGUAUCAAACUAAACAUACAUAAAACACCGUACUUUAUUUCUUUUUUUUUUUCCAAAAUAUAAAGAUAAAUGUUUCUAUUAAGCGAUAUGUAUAAUUUGGUAAAGGGAAUAUGGUAUAUUGUCUGUUUCUUAAUUUUUGAGUGCUAAACAUUCUUGAGUUGUUCUUUCUUUAAAGUAAA